CAUCCCCAUGCCCGUCCCGGUCCCCGCAGCCCCGGAUUCCCCCGGCACCUCCCCACAGCUCCCAGUCUCACUCCCUUCCCUUUCUCCCUGUCCCCUCCUUUUCCUCCCUCCCUCCGUCCCUCCCCACGCCGUUCCCGCCCCUUCCCCGCCUCCUCCUCCGGUACCGCUCCCGUUCCAGGCCGCCGGGAGCCGCCGCCCCCAUGCCCGAGAGCCCCGCCGAGCCCCCGCCGCCCCCGCCAGAUGGAGACAGAACCGAGGAAGGAACCGAGGCCCCCGCGGAGCCGCGCCCCGCCGCGGGCACCCCCCCGCCGGAGGUGCAGCAGGAGGAGGAGGAUGAGGAUGAAGAUUUCCAGUUCCUGCGGUGCGAGGGCUGCGGGCAGGACUCGGCGCAGCCGCGGCUGCUGAGCUGCCUGCACACGCUGUGCCCCGGCUGCCUGAGCGACACCAAGCAGUGCCCGCUGUGCCAGGCGGCCGCGGGCGCGCCCGCCAUGGACAACCUGCUGUUCGCCAACCUGCGGAGCCGCCUGCAGGUCUGGAGGCAGAUCCGGAGCUCCGGCGGGCCCGGCUGCAGCCGCUGCAAGGGCGAGGCGGCGCUGGUGUGGUGCUCGGACUGCGAGGAGUUCUUCUGCGCCAAGUGCUUCGAGGAGCACCAGUGGUGGCACAAGAAGAAGGCGCACAGGGUCAGGAAGGUGGAGGAGCUGCGGGCGGGCUCGGCGCGGCAGUUCCUGGAGGACACCAAAACCUCCUGCAGCCUCUUCUGCUCCAGCGAGAGCCACCCCGAGGAGAGCCGCGUGUGCAGCAUCUACUGCCCUCGCUGCGAGCGGGCUCUGUGCUGUCCGUGCGCGCUGCUGGACACCGGCCACUCUCCUUUCCGCGACCUCCGCGCCGAGAGCCGCCGGCGCCAGGACGAGCUGCGCUCCCUGCGCCGGGACCUGCGGCGGCUCCACGGCGCCUUCGAGGCGGCUCUGGCGCGGCUGCGGAGCGAGGCCGCCCGGCGGGAGGAGCAGCGGGAGCGGCUGCGGGAGUGCGUCCGCGCCAGCGCCGAGCGCCUGGAGCAGCUGGUGCGGAGGGAGGCGGAGGAGCUGCGGGCGCUGCUGGAGGCGCGGCCGGAGCGCGACCGGAGCGCGCUGACGGAGGAGCUGCGCGGCGCCGAGGGGGCCCUGCUGCGGCUGGAGGCUGCCGAGAGGCUGGUGGAGAGGCUGGGGCGCUACGGCGGCGAGCAGGAGCUGAUGGACAUGCAGCCCUUCGUCAAGGGCGCGUUGCUGCAGCUGCAGCAGCUGCGGCCGCCCGAGCCCCCCGAGCUGCGCGAACCCCCGGACUUCGCCGAGUGCCGGGCGCGGCUGCGGGCGCUGGUGGAGCGAGUCACGGGGCGGCCGGAUAUCCCCGCGGUCGAGGUGACCCAGGAGGACAAUCUGGAAGAGAAUCCAAUCCAUCCCAAAAUCCAGAACGUCUCCAGCCUCAAGGAGAUCCACGUGGACCAGCCUCUCCCGCCCUCCUCCUGGAAGAAGCGGCCGUUUUCCUGCAUGGACAGGGGCAACCAGGUGUCUCCCAAAAUCCUGAAGCUGGAAUGUGAGCAUGAGGCAGGCCCCAGUCGUCCCAAAUCCCGCUGGGAAUUCCAGACGGAGCCCGGCCCCUCCACGUCGCAGCACAACUGCGUCCGCAGCGGUGACGCAGAGGUUGGCAGCAUCAUCGUCAUCUGCAGCUCGGACGACAGCGACGAGGACACCAUGAUGGUGACAGUGACACCGGAGCCACCUCCGUGCUGAUGCCCCAGGGAAUCAUCCGACCUCAUCCUGGAAUUCCCCUUCCCAGAUUUCUGCUUCUUCCCACUUUUAUCUUCUUGGCCAGUCCUAAAUUUAUUCUUGGGCUCAGCUUCUGUUCUUCCGGAGCAGCCCCAAAUCUCGCUGGAUCUGCUCAGAUCUCCCCUUCGAGGCCUUGGUGUUCUCUCAAAUCCCAUCCAGGUUGAUCCCAAAAUAAAAUUUGGGAUGGGAUUUGGGAUCUGUGCUGGCAGAUCCCAUUCCAGACCCCCCCAUAUGUGGGGAGAUGGUUCCAAGGGUGGGACUCCCUCUGGGAUCCCCCAUCAGCACCUGGAACAGGGAAUUCCUUAGGGUGGGGAUUGGGAUUGGGAUUGGGAUUGGGACUGGGAUUGGGACUGGGAUUGGGAUCAGGGUUGGUUUUGCAGUGUAACAAGGCAUUAAAAUCCCGGGUUUUUUAUGUCUCCCCCCAAUAAAGCUGGUCUGGGAUAAAAUUGCA